UCCCAGGUCGAAAGGAUUGUAGACAAGAGGAAGAACAAGAAAGGGAAAUGGGAGUACCUUAUCCGAUGGAAAGGCUACGGAAGCACGGAGGACACGUGGGAGCCAGAGCACCAUCUGUUGCACUGUGAGGAGUUUAUCGACGAAUUCAACGGGCUGCACAUGUCCAAGGACAAAAGGAUCAAGUCAGGGAAGCAGGCCAGCGCCUCCAAGCUCCUGCGUGACGGCCGAGGCCCGUCGGUUGAGAAACUCUCCCACAGACCUUCAGAAUCUGGAAAGAGCAAAGGGACUUCCCAUAAAAGGAAGCGAAUCAACCCUUCCCUGUCCAAGCCAAAAAAAGGCUAUUCAGCCAAGCCCCCUGCGGGAGGUGACAGGGCCGCCAAGACGGUGUCUUACAGGACUACCCCCAGCGGUUUGCAGAUAAUGCCUCUGAAAAAGGCUCAGAACGGGAUGGAGAAUGGGGACGCCGGCUCCGAGAAGGACGAGAGGCACUUUGGAAACGGGUCCCACCAGCCUGGCUUGGAUUUGAAUGAUGUAGGAGAACAAGAACUGGCCGAAUGUGGUGUCAACCAUGGGGCAUUGGCAGAGAACGGGCUCGGCUCUGCUCUGACCAACGGGGGGUUAAACCUGCACAGCCCCGUGAAGAGGAAGCUGGAAGCAGAGAAGGACUAUGUCUUUGACAAGAGGCUCAGGUACAGCGUCCGCCAGAACGAAAGCAACUGUAGGUUUCGGGACAUUGUCGUGCGCAAGGAAGAGGGGUUCACACACAUCCUGCUGUCCAGCCAGACCUCGGACAACAACGCACUGACCCCCGAGAUUAUGAAGGAGGUCCGGCGAGCACUGUGCAACGCGGCCACGGAUGACAGCAAACUGCUGCUUCUCAGUGCAGUGGGCAGCGUAUUCUGCAGCGGCCUAGAUUACUCCUACCUAAUUGGCCGGUUGUCCAGUGACCGGAGAAAGGAGAGUACCCGGAUUGCAGAAGCCAUCAGGGACUUUGUGAAGGCCUUUAUCCAGUUUAAGAAGCCUAUCGUGGUUGCGAUCAAUGGGCCUGCCCUGGGCCUGGGUGCCUCCAUCUUGCCCCUCUGCGACAUCGUGUGGGCCAGCGAGAAGGCCUGGUUUCAGACCCCCUAUGCCACCAUCCGCCUCACGCCCGCUGGCUGCUCCUCAUACACCUUCCCCCAGAUCCUGGGCGUCGCACUGGCCAACGAGAUGCUGUUCUGUGGGCGGAAGCUCACCGCCCAGGAGGCAUGCAGCAGGGGACUUGUGUCCCAGGUCUUCUGGCCAACCACCUUCAGCCAGGAGGUCAUGCUGCGGGUCAAGGAGAUGGCCUCCUGCAGCGCAGUGGUGUUGGAAGAGUCGAAAUGCCUCGUUCGGAGCUUCCUGAAGUCCGUGCUUGAAGAUGUGAACGAGAAAGAAUGCCUCAUGCUCAAGCAGCUCUGGAGCUCCUCCAAGGGCCUGGAUUCCCUGUUCAGCUACCUGCAGGACAAAAUUUACGAAGUCUGAAGAGCCCCAGCCCAA